AUGGCCGAGGAUAACCAAUGGUAUUUUGCUUAUGGGUCAAAUAUGCUUUCCGAUGUCUUCGUUACGAGACGAAAGGUGCAGCCGCUGAGGAGUGAAGUGGCAUCGAUCAAUACUCACACGCUAUGCUUCAAUGUCAUGGGCGUGCCAUACACGGAUCCUGCGAUGGGGGGGAUCCGGCCGAUUGAGAAGGGAGAAUCCAAACUGCCUGUCUAUGGAGUUGCGUAUCUCCUCACCAUGGAGGACAUGCGCCGUGUUAUCAUCAGUGAAGGGGGCGGAAUAGCCUACGAAACAAGAGCCCUCACUGCAACCCUACAAAACGACGGGACAAGGGUGAAAGUGAUUACUUUAUUGAGCAGACACAGCAUCCCUCGCGAAUACGAAAGGCUUCCUUCUCGGAGAUACAUGGACCUCCUGAUUCGAGGGGCCGCAGAGCAUUCGCUUCCUGCGAAUUAUCAAAAACAACUAGUAUCACACCCUACAUUUCAACCCCUACAGACCUAUCGCUACCGCACUGGGAAGUGGCUAUUCGAUAGCUGUUGGCAGAGGGUUGCAUUCUGGAUCCAACGAGGUAUUCAUAGAUUCAAGGAUAACGAGGGCAAUGUGCCGGGGUGGUUUCUGAUCAUAUUUGACUGUCUUCUCUGGACGAUGUGGGUGUAUCAUGAUUAUAUCCAUAGUGCCAUCUGGGGCAGAGGAGAUGGUCUCGUUUAAGGAUUACGGUGAGUUCCCUUGUUGUUGUUGUUGUUGUUGUAGGUCCCUCUCCGCGAGAGGGUAUGUCUGCCUCACCAUAGCCCUAAACUGGUCGUUCCAUAGCUG